AUGAAAGACAAAAAGACGAUGAACAACAAGAACACGAUUAGUGGCGGAGAACAAGAAGAUAUCGAGCACGAUAUCAUGGGGGCCGACGGAGGCGGGAGGAAGAGGGCGGCGGCCGCCGCCGCCAAGAGGGCCGGCGGGAGCUCGAUGAAGAACUGCCAGGUGGAGAGGUGCCUGGUGGAUCUGAACGAGGCCAAGACCUACCACCGGCGGCACAGGGUUUGUGAGCACCACGCCAAGGCUCAGGCGGUGGUCGUCGCCGGAAUCCGGCAGAGGUUCUGCCAGCAAUGCAGCAGGUUCCACGAGCUCUCGGAGUUUGACGAAGCCAAAAGAAGCUGUCGCAGGCGUCUCGCCGGCCACAACGAGAGGAGGAGAAAGAAUUUUUCCGAUAGUAACAAUUUUUCUCAAGCAACCGAAGGCUCGCCGGCCGGUAAUUAUGGGCAAGUUGAUGAUCGGGGAAGAAUUCAGUUCACCGUCGUUCAAGAAAAUGCAAAGUACUAA